GCCCCACGCAUCUGCUCGGUAAACAAACGCAAGACUUUGCGCUGAGUCUUAUUGCGGUCUGCUGUCAGAGCAGGACCGUAGGAAAGAGUUGAGAAGGUGUCCGUGAGGCUGAGCCCAUGCCUCCGAGCACGCAAAGGACUGUGCUUCCAGCAGAUGCAAGUGGAGAGUUGGAUGAAAUUUCUCAAAAUAGCGUCCUGGAUUUGAGAAUUAUAGUUUCCAUGGAAAAGAAAUGUAGUCGUAAUCUUUAAGGCUUUUUGAGGCUAUACACGUAAUAUAUUAUAAAGUGUAAGAGCUCUGCAUUCUGUGCUUGCAUUUGGUACUUAGCUCUGCUUCUCUCAGGCUCAUCUAAUUAUGUAAAUUUGUACUCAGUGUGAUCUGUAAUUUUUCAAGGUAUGUGGCUAAAAUGAAUGUGGUUAAUAUUCGCUAUUCAUAAACAUGGCAUGGAAAUUUGCAGUUAUCUCUAUAUUACAAAGCACAUCAGUUUAGUUUGGGAUGUACCUGUAAUUCCAAAGGAAUUGUGUUAAGAUAAAUUCAGUAAUUCUCUCUCAUGUGAGCAGGACCUUAGUGUGCCAGUAUGUUGUUACCACUGGACUCAUUGCCAAGUGAGCUGUCAGCCUGAAUGAACCAGGGAUAAUCCUUAGUCCAACUGAUGGCCAAGGAGUGACCCGUGGAGGUGAUGUCACCCAGCGGGCACCAGGAUGCUGGAAAUAUGUAUAUGUGUGUAUGGACACACCGUGCUGGUGUGUGAAUACCUGCUGUGCAGGAACAGCAGAUCAGUCUUGAACGCGGCGUUUUCCCCAAACUUCUUUGCAUUGCACUCUGUUUGCAGCCCUGCAGUUCUUGUUCUGUUUCUCCCAUCUCUCAGGCUGUGCUUUGCACUGAAGUUGUGCACUUGCUGCAUGUUGGAACAUUUUGGAAAACAUGCUGCCAGAGCCUCGGCUCCUUCCUCUGAUGGUUAACUGCCCAGGUGCUGCUGUCCUCAGGCAGUGAAGUGCAUCCUCACCAAGCUGACAUUGUGCCCUGAUGCCAGCCAGGCAACUGGUCAGUGGGAGAAAUAAAAAAGGAGCUCCAAACAGUUCCUAGCAUCCGUAAGCAGCGGCCCAGCUGCACUGUGCAAGUGUUCCUCAGUUCCCUGUAUAAUUCAUCAUCCGUCAUUGCAAAUACCACGCAGUUCUCAGUACAGUGAACAGAUGCAAAUGUGGAAUUAUCUUUGGAGGGUGAAUUGGGGUGAGUGCUGCACUUACUGGGGGAGCAGAAGCAGGAUGGGAGCAAUGCAUAGUGAAGGCUUGGGGGACCUAAUCACUUCUGCAGACCUAUGAGGCCAGGUGCUGCUCGCAGGUGCUGUCUCAGGACCAAGCACAGCUGAACACUGUGGAGUUGCUCAGGAGCAAAUUAAUUCACUGCUGGGCUUGGCGUGGCUGCUCCCCGAGGGACAAAUUAACAGGUGAGACCAACGGGAGAGCAACCAGAAAGACAAAUAGGGAGACGCUGGGGAGGCACUUAUGGUGUGUAGUUCUGGGCAGUUGGAUAAGCUACUAAUUUUAGCUUGUCAGUUGUGACUGAGCACCACGUUCAUAUUGUGCUUGGCCCCAUGAGUAGCUUUCCCUGGUUAUUGUGUUCCCUGGUUAUUCAACUCAGGAAGAGAAACCUUUCUCUUUUUGCCUUGUAUGGCGACAAGUGGAUUUCCUCACUUCUAUCUGCCUGGCUUUGCAUGGGGAGACCAUGGGGACAACACCUCUGUGUGGUGAGUGUUUUAACCACCUUGGAGCGGCGAUUCAACCUCCAGAGUGCAGACGUGGGUGUCAUUGCCAGCAGCUUUGAAAUCGGCAACCUGGCCCUCAUCCUUUUUGUGAGCUACUUCGGAGCCCGAGGACACAGACCACGCUUGAUAGGAUGUGGAGGGAUUGUCAUGGCCUUGGGUGCCCUCCUUUCCGCGUUGCCUGAAUUUCUGACCCACCAGUACGAAUACGAAUCAGGGGAAAUACGCUGGGGAGCUGAAGGGAGGGAUGUGUGUGCUGCCAAUGGGUCCACCAGUGAUGAGGGACCAGACCCGGACCUUAUCUGCAGGAAUCGGACUGCCACCAACAUGAUGUACUUGCUGCUCAUUGGAGCGCAGGUCCUCCUGGGCAUUGGUGCUACCCCUGUCCAGCCCCUGGGAGUUUCCUACAUUGAUGACCACGUGAGGCGGAAAGAUUCCUCUCUGUACAUAGGGAUCCUGUUUACAAUGCUGGUAUUUGGACCAGCCUGUGGAUUUAUCUUGGGCUCCUUCUGUACCAAAAUCUAUGUGGAUGCUGUGUUCAUCGACACAAGUAAGCUGGACAUCACCCCAGAUGACCCUCGCUGGAUCGGUGCAUGGUGGGGAGGCUUCCUCCUCUGUGGUGCCUUACUCUUCUUCUCGUCCCUGCCCAUGUUUGGCUUCCCGCAGUCCUUGCCCCCGAGGCCUGAGCACGCUGGGGAGAGCGAGCAGGCCAUGCUUCCUGACAGGGACUACGAGAGGCCCAAGCCGAGCAACGGGGUCCUGCGGCACGCGCUGGACGCAGAGAGCAGCACAACCUGCUUCCAGCAGCUACGAGUGAUCCCCAAAGUAACAAAGCACUUGCUCUCCAAUCCCGUCUUCACUUGCAUCAUCCUGGCGGCCUGCAUGGAGAUAGCUGUGGUGGCAGGCUUUGCUGCCUUCCUGGGGAAGUACCUGGAGCAGCAGUUCAACCUCACCACCUCAUCUGCCAACCAGCUGCUGGGGAUGACAGCAAUCCCAUGUGCAUGUCUGGGCAUAUUCCUGGGUGGUCUUUUGGUGAAGAAGCUCAGCCUUUCUGCUCUGGGAGCUAUCAGGAUGGCCAUGCUGGUGAACCUGGUGUCCACAGCUUGCUACGUGUCAUUCCUGUUCCUGGGAUGUGACACAGGACCUGUGGCAGGGGUUACUGUUCCCUAUGGAAACAACUCAACUCCAACCUCAUCUCUGGACCCAUAUUCCCCCUGCAAUAACAACUGUGAAUGCCAAACUGAUUCCUUCACUCCAGUCUGUGGGGCAGAUGGGGUCACCUACCUGUCUGCCUGCUUUGCUGGCUGCAGCAGCACAAACCUCAGUGGCUGUUCCUGCCUCAGCUCGGUCCCUGCCGAAAAUGCCACCGUCGUUCCUGGAAAAUGCCCCAGUCCUGGCUGUGAAGAGGCCUUCUUGACAUUCCUCUGCGUGAUGUGUGUCUGCAGCAUGAUCGGGGCCAUGGCGCAGACGCCAUCGGUCAUCAUCCUCAUCAGAACCGUGAGCCCCGAACUCAAGUCUUAUGCUCUGGGGGUGCUUUUCCUGCUUCUCCGUUUGCUGGGUUUUAUUCCACCUCCGUUGAUCUUUGGGGCUGGAAUUGACUCCACAUGUCUGUUCUGGAGCACGUUCUGCGGCGAGCAAGGAGCCUGCGCGCUGUACGACAACGUGGUCUAUAGAUACCUUUACGUUAGCAUUGCUAUAGCCCUCAAGUCUUUUGCAUUCAUCCUCUAUACAACCACCUGGCAGUGCUUGAGGAAAAACUAUAAAAGGUACAUCAAGAACCACGAAGGUGGUCUCAGCACUAGUGAGUUUUUUGCCUCUACUCUCACCUUAGACAAUCUGGGGCGGGACUCGGUGCCCCAAAACCAACCACAUAGGACAAAAUUUAUCUAUAACCUUGAAGAUCAUGAGUGGUGUGAAAAUAUGGAGUCUGUUUUAUAGUGACUGUGGAAGGAUGGACUAUAUUAAUAACCCGAGGGUCCUUUUUAAUAAAAAUGAGAAGAGAGAAUGAAGAAACAAAAUUACAAGACAACAAUGGCAACACAGGAAACUUUUGUCUUUUUCUCAAAGUCAAACCCAGCCGGGAUUCAUGAGAACGACGUCUUAUAGUGGGAUCACUUGUGAUAUCCUGCAGGGUGAUGGAGAAAGCAGGGAGCUACCAGCCCCUUUGGUGACAGUAUGGGCUUCCAAAACGGGAAUCGCCAGAGGGCAUCCUCAGAGGUUCAUUGGAGAGCUCAGCCAACAGAGAGCCUUGGGCACGAGGUGCUGAGGAAGCAAGAUGAUGAUGGCAAUGCUGGAAGAGGCAUUUGCAUCCCGAGGGGCCAUCUAUUCCCAUAGUAUGGGCUGAAGGAUCCGCCCUUUGAACCUGGGUGCUGCUCAAACCCGACGUGCUCUGUGAUGUUGCUCUGACACCAGCCAUGAGUCCACGAUAAACACCUUGAAAGCUGCUGGAAAGCUUCCAGGUAGCGAGCAGUGCUGUCCCAGCUCCCGAGUCCUUGCAGCCGAGGCGUGUUUGCAGAUCGCAGCUUUUGGGUUGUCUCUGAAUAGCUGUGCUCGGAUCUUUCAAACCCAGUAAAGUUGGAGAUGUUUGCUCACGCUUGCCAAAUGUGCUGUCAUUUUUAAAGAGGGAUGAAUUCCAAAUAUUUGUCUGUGUAAUCCUCUAAUUUCUGAAAUUAUUUUCAAAUCUAUGUUAACCCUUAAAUCGCUGACACUUUUCCAUAGGGAGGGCUUACGCUGGUUUGGGGGAGGAUCCCGUUGAAUAAUGUGACUCAAGGGGUUUGUUUAAUCCUCUGCAUUUUUUAUCCAUACGCCUUCAUUCUAAUAUGCUACCAAGCCAAUGAAGACACAUAAUAUGUUUUUAAAAAAGAGAACGAACGCACUGUGUCUCUAUAAAAACAGUUGGAGAAUUAUAGAUAAUAUGAUGAUUUACAUAAUAUAGUUUUUUCAUAUUCUAUGUGACUCAGUGAAUACAUAUAUAUGAAGGGAGAAACUGUUUAUGUUCUCUCCUGUUUUUAAAGAUAUAUAUAUAUAUAUAUAAUUUGCAAUCUAGAAA